UCACACUGUUCGCCAUUGCUUGAUUAGAGGAAACCUAAAUUUAAAUGUAAUUUUAGCAUUCUUAGUGGCAAUUAAAGUGCAUUUCGCAACUAGCACCGUGCCGGUUACUGUUUAUAGGCCUUUGCGUGCAGCUCAGAACCCCGCCAACCGGUCGAAAACACGGUGAAAUGUAGAUGGCCACCAAGCGGCGGUCGCAGCAGCAGCAAUAACAAAAGCAAAAGUGAAAUUAACGCCACAGGAGAAGCGGAACUGCAGUAUCUUAGGGCGGAGCCAUGGAGAACCUCAAGAUAAGCGACAAACUUUUCGAGGAUGUGAUAUAUUAUGUGCUCGGCAACCUGGAUGAAGAGAUCGAACGCUUCCUUAAGAGCGGCGGCGCCCAAUCGAAGCUGUUCCUGUCGGACACAAUCACACAUCUGAUAUGCGCCACCAACUAUUCGGAGGAGGAGCUGUCUAUGAACCUGGACCUGUACAGCGCAAUACCCGUGACGGAGCAAUGGAUCGUGCAUAGCGCCAAGCUGGGCCGGAUGGCCUCGACACGGGCCUUUGACCCAUCUCCCAAUCAGCUCCGCCUCAUGCGCGGCAUCCGGGUGGCAAUCACAAAUGUUGUGGCGGGGGAUCGCAGGCGCCUCUAUGCCAUGCUUACCUACCACGGCGCCGUUGUCACGCACAGCUUUGGGGCCACCAACACGCAUCUGGUAUGCGGGGCGGCCAACGGUGGCAUCUACAACAAGGCGCUGGCGCUGCCCAAGAAUGCCAUUAUUAUAGUAACGCCGGACUGGGUGACGGACUGCCUCAAGUCCAGGAGCUGCCUACCCACAGAGCCCUAUCAUCCUAGGCUGCUGAAGCCCAUUGAGAAGCAGCGGACGCAGAAGCAGCAGGCAGCAUCACAGCAACAGCUGCAGCAGCAAUUCCAGCAGCAACAAUUGCAGCACCAGCAACAACUGCAACAACAGCAGCAGCAAAUCCUCCAGCAGCAGCAGCAGCAAGCGGCACAGCAACAACAGCAGCAGCAGAUGCCUGCCACUUCUUCGUCGACGCUGUCGGACAUCCUGGGCUUCGGGGAGGACAGUGCAGCUGCCAAAAGCAUCGCAAGCAUCAAAUCGCAGCUUCAGGCCUCGGCCGAGCAAAUACAACAGCAACAGUUGCCCGUGCCUAAUGCCCAGCAGCAGCAGCAAGUGGUCUUCGUGCGACCGCAACCGCAACCACAGCAGCAACAAUUGUUGCAACAGGGUGUUCCGCAUGCAUCUGCUCCGCCAUCACCUCACCCGCAGCAGCAGCAGCAAUUAAUUAUACAGCAACAGAAAAUCAUACCCGCAACUCUACAGCAGCCGCAGCAGAACCAGCAGCAAAUCAAGAACAUUUUACAGCAGCAAAGACAGUUGAAGAAUGCACAGCAACAACAGGUUCAGCAGCAGCAACAGCAGCAAAUUCAAAUGAUUCAGCAGCAGCAGCAGCAACAACAGCAACUUAUUCAGCAAGAAUCGCAGCAGCAGCAGCAACAACAGUCGCCCAGACUGCCUACAACUCCAACGGGGCGACAAACUCCCCGAACUCCACAGUCAACAACGCCGCAGCCCGUUCAAUCUCCGCAACAACAACACCAGCAGAUUGUGCAGCAGCAGCAACAACAAAAUCAAAUUGUACAACAACAGCAGAUUGUCCAGCAGCAGCAGUCUGUGCCAGUUUCGCCGCAAAUCAUACACCAGCACUUGAUGCGGCAGCAACAGAUAUUGAAUCAGAGCCAAAUGCAACUGCAACAGAUUAUCCAGAGCGGACAGGUACUGACGCCGCAGCAGCAGCAGCAACAGAGGCAAAAUCAGCAGCAACAGCAACAGAUCAUGCAGCAGCAGCAACAGUUGCAGAUGCAAAUACAACAGCAGCAGCAAAAUCUCCAGCAGCAGCAAAGUCUCCAGCAGCAGCAGGCGCAGCAAAGCCUUCAGCAAUCACCACGGAUGGUGCAGAACCGUUCGCCCGUAAUGCCACCCAGCACGCCAUCCCCAUCGCUACAGCAGCAGCAUCAUCCCAACAUGUUGCCGCCACAAUCACCACGCCAGCUGCAAUCUCCGGCUCCGCAAAUGACGCCACCGCCACCUCCGUCGCCGCAAAGUGCCCAGCAACAUUUGCGCCAGCAGCAAGUGCAGCAACAGCAAAUCCAGCAGAAUCGCCAACAGCAGCACAUGUCCCCGCAGCAACAGCAAUCACCGGCAAUGAUGUCCCCGCAGCAGCAGCAGCAAAUGCAACCCUUUCAGCAGCCCGUCCAUCAGCAGCAGCGCAUGCAAUUGCAGCAGCAACAACAAUUGGCUCAACAACAGCAGCAGCAGCAAAGUCCUCAACAAAUAUCUGCUCCACAGUCGCCGCAGAUUCCGCAGACGCCGCCCAUGCAACAGAACAAGCUGCAUCACCAUCAGGUGGGUGGGCAGCCGCAACAGCAGCAGCAGUCCUUCUCCCAGCAAAAGCCCAUCGAUCCCACGGAUCCCGUUCAAGUGGCCCAGGUGCUCAGUCGUUCUACAUUGAGUAGCAACCAGGAUUCGCUGAUAAUGCGGCAACAACAAUUGAAGCAGCAACAGCAGUUGCAGCAGCAGCAGCAGCAAAUGGCUCCACAGCAGCAGCAGCAACAACAGCAGCCUCAACAACAACACACUCCAUCUCCUAGGCAGUCGCCGCUGCAGCAACAGCCAUCCACCCCAACAAUACAGCAGCAGCAGCAGCCACCAAAUCCUCAACAAAUACAACAAGUUUUGGCCCAGCAGCAGCAACAACAAGUUCUGGUACAGCAACAACCCCAGUCUGGACAGCCUCAGCAGCAACAGCAACAACAACAGCAACAGGUCAUCACCCAGCGACAUGUAAUAAACACAUCAACGGCCCAGGGGCAACAGAUAAUCCAAAGUCUUCAGCAAAAGCAGCAGCAAAUGUUGAAUGUUCAGCAGCAACAACUGCAACAGCCACAACAACAGCAACAGCAACUUUCUCAGGCGCAGCAACAUACCCAACAACAACAACCGCAGCAGCCGCAGCAGCAACAAGUACAAUUCACCCAACAACAACAAAUCGCAUUGGGAGGUGGUGGCCAAGUGCGGAUUAUUCAGCAAACGAUUCAGCGGCCACAGCAACAGAUUCCACAACAACAACACCAACAAAUUCUUGGACAGUUUUCACAACAACAGCAACAACAACCGCAGCAGGCAUUACAACAACAACCAAUACAACAACAGCAACAAGUCCUUGGAGUCCAGCAGCCACAGCAGCAGCAGCAGGCACCGCAGUCGAUGCAGCCACAGGGGAAAACCUUUAUCAUCAGUCAGCAGCACUUCAAUCAGCUCAGCUUGGCUCAGCAGCAGCAGAUAUUGGCUCAAAAUCCACAGAGUCAAAACGUUUAUGUUGUGAAUCAGACGAACAUAUCCCAGCAACAGCAGCAGCAACAGCAACUAGUGCAACAACAACAACAGAUGCUGCAGCAGCAACAGAUUAUGCCACAGCAACAACAGCGGAUGCAAAUGCAGCAGCAGCCGCAGCAAAUCGUUGUUAAUCAGCAGAUUCUGAGCGAUCCACAGCGCUUGCAAUACCUGCAGCAACAACAGCUGCUGCAAAAGCAGCAACAACAGCAGCAGCAGCAACAACAACAACAACAACAACAGAUACUUAUACAACAGCAGCAACAAACUCCUCAGCAGCAGCAGCCUCAGCAGAUUGUCCAGCAGAAGCUACCAAUAGACCCUCAGCAGCAGCAACAGCAGCAGAUUAUGCAGCAAGUCUUGAUAACGCAGCAACAGUUGCCUCAACGCACGCCGCCGCCUCAACAGCAACAGCAGCAACAACAGCUGCUGCUGCAGCAACAAUCGCCCCAACACCAUCAACAAAUGCCGCAACACUGGUCCCCGCAAAGUCCAGCAUCAAGCCAGAUAGCACCCACCACUCCAGGAACUCCCACCAGCAGUGUGGGAAUGCAAUCACCGCUGCCCACAACUCCUCAGCAGCAGCCACAGCAACCGCAGCAGUUUAUACCGCGCGGCUUGCGACCGCAAUCUUCGUGGCCCGGCCAGCAGCAGCAGCAGCCACAAGCUCCGCAGCAACAGCAGCAGCAACAGAUCGUGCUGCCGCCGCCUGUCCAACAGCAGCAGCAACAGCCUCAGCAGGUGUCACAGCAGCAGCAGCUUAUAUUGCAGCAGCCACCGCAGCAACAGAAAAUAGUUCUGGACGAGAAGACCCACGCGCACUUUAUUUCCCUGGAUGCGCACAAGAGAGCCGAGUACAUCACCAAGUUGAAUCAGCAGAGCAAGCCGCGGGUGAUGCUGCGCCAACAGGUUGCUUACCAGCCGCGACCUGGUGCACCGGGCAGCAUCGUCGCAACACGGCCGGCCGGAGGUCCUGUUGUGCCACCGGGUCACAUUAUUGUCCAGAGCCAAAUGCCGCCUGGACUGACACAGCAGCAGCAGAUGCUCUGGUUGCAGCAACAGGGCAAGCGCCAGGUGGUUGUUCGAGCCGGGGGAACUCCUGGCCUCAGUCCGAUACAGCAGCAGCAACAACCGGUAGUGGGAGUUGGACAGCCGACACCGCAACAGCAACAGUCGCCGCAGCAGCAGCAACAAGCCUUUAACCCCAUCAACGAUCCAAAUCAGCAAAUGCUUUUGCAGCGCCAACAGCUGCGCGUUCAGCAGAUACCCAUCCAGCAGCAGCAGGCGCCACAGCAGCAACUGGGCAAGCAAACGGUGCAGCUCAUCACUGGACCCAAUGGACAGCUGAUAGAGCAGCAGACGAUUGUCCAACAGCCGCCAACACCGGGAACACCCACAACUCCGGGCGCAGUCCCGGGACCUGUCCCAAGCGGUGCCAAUAUAAUGACACAAACUUUGGUCAUGACUUCAACAACUCCCGAUGGACAGCAACAACAAACCCCUCAGCAGAUGAACCUGAAAACCAAGACAGCCCUGGCCAACAUGCUGAGCAAUCGCUUGGGCAACAAUGGAGUGCAGACGCCGCAGCAGCAACUAAUUCAACUGCCUGAUGGUCAGCAACAACAGCAACAGAUUGUCCAGCAGGUGGUGACUGGAGCCACUCCGCAGCAGCAGCAACAGCUGCUAAUGCAACAGCAGCAACAACAACAGAUGGUUGUCCAGCAGCAACAUGUCGAGCCACCAUCGGCAGCCGGUGCUCUGAGGAUGAUGGGCCAGCAGCAUAACGCAGCAGCCGUCGGUGUGUCAGGACCCCCACGAACGCAGCAGGAGUUGCUAAUGCUACAGCAACAACAACAACAACAGCAGCAACAACAAAUGCUGCAACAGCAGCAAAUGCGCCGAGUGAUCGCUGUGCCGCAACAACAGCAGCAGCAGAUUCCACAGCAGCAUCUGGUGCAGCAGCAGAUCGUUGUAGCUCCGCCACAGUCCCCGCAGCAGCAACAAAUGGCCGUUGGCGUAGGCGUGGGUGUGCCAGUCCAACAGCGGCCACCACAUGGUUAUAUGCAGGCCCGCCCCGGCCAGCCGCCGAUACCGAUGCCACAGUUUUACGGCCACAAUCCCAACCUGAAGCUGCCCGCCGAUCUCUUUCUUGUGGGCUGCACCUUCUACAUCGUGGAGUACGACGAGACGGACGGCGAUGAGCUACCCAUUUGGCUGGAUACUAUUCGGCAGUUUGGUGGCGACAUCGAACGCGUCUACUGUCCCCGUGUGACGCAUGUCAUCUGUCGCACACAGCGGCACGGUGUGGUGAUGCAGGCUCUGCGGGAUGCCAAGCGCUGCGUCACCGCCUACUGGCUGAGCGAUAUCUGUCUCAAGCGUCAGCUGAUGCCGCCAUGGCAACCUCUUCACCUGCCCUUCCCCAGUCAGUUUGGCUAUCGCAAGCCAUUGGAAAGGUACAUUAUUACCUCUGAGGGAUUCGAGGGCGAGGAACUGGUGAGGCUCCAACAGAUGGCCGAGGAAUGCGGGGCCAUAUACACCUCAUAUCUGUCCAAGGUGAACACGGUAAUCGUGUGCAAGCAACUCGAGGGCAACAAAUUCAACGCGGCCAAGGAGUGGAACAUACCGAUGGUGAAUGCUUUAUGGCUCAGCGACGUCUGCAUCGGCAACCUGAGCGGCCUGUCCCAGUACGAUAAUCCCAAAUACCAGCAGUACAGCCUAAUCGCUCCAUUCCGCAUUGAAUGCAAUCUGGUGGCGCAUCUGUUAACUGCUUGGAAGGCACCGAUCAACCUUACCCAGGAAGCGCACGAGCGCGUCAAGCGUCAUUUGUCCGAUCCCUUUGGCAGUGAGCACAAGCUGAAGCGGCAAAAAAUGAAUGCCUUCCAGCAGGAACAGUUGCCAGAGCAGAUUGUAUGCAUCGAGUAUCCUACUAAUACGAAGCCGCCCAAGGUUAUCUUCUCCCAGGUUGCCGAAGCCGAAGCCCUCAAAAAGGCAGUGUUAAUUUUGGGCGGAAUCGUUGUUGACAGCCCCGCAGAUGCCACGCAUCUGGUGAUGACACGCGAGAGUCGCACCUGCAAGCUUAUACAGGCAUGCUGUCAUGUGGACUUUGUGCUAAAAUCUAGCUGGAUUGUGGAGAGCGCCAAGGCCGGUAAAUUCGUCCCAACUGAUCCGUAUCGCAUCCAGCACAUACCGGUCGAUGAAAAUCUGCAAUUUAAUUUAAACACCGUCCUGUGUGCCCCCACACGUUCGACACUAUUUGCCGGCAAGUACUUCUAUGUGACGCCGGAUGUGUUCCCAGCCCGCGACGAAAUCAUUCGGAUGAUCGAAUCGUCCGGUGGCAAAGUGGAGCCAAAACGACGGACCGGUGCUGCUGUUUCCGAGGCGCAUGUCCAAGCGCCCGACUCCUAUAUCAUAGUGACCUGUCCGACGGACAUGCAUCUGUGCGCGGAUUUAACGCGACAUGGCAACCCAAAGUGUCACAUUGUGUCCACGGAGUUCGUGAUGAGCUCGAUACUCAGGCAACAGCUCGAGAUAGAGCCCAACCUCAUACCAUACUUGUACAACAACAACAAUGUGAAUAGCUGUAAUAGCAAUAAGUCCUCCUAGCGCCGUGUUUUCUGGUUGCUCUAGAACUGUCGAGAAUAGGGUUUCUGGACAAAUCAAACAAGAAUUUAUGCGAGCUGUAAUAUACAUAAGUAGGUAAGAGUGUAGGGUUGAAGAAAGAUAGUUUUGAUGGCAAUAAUCGCAGAAUUGAAAACAGUUAUUGGUGAAUUGUCAUUGUCUGACUAAAUCAAUUAGUUCUAGCCUGAUCCAGGUUCU